GGAAAUGACAUGGCCGCCUCCUUAUAGGGACCCUCGUCGUCUUUCUCCGGUUACUUGUAGGUUAAAUUACUUUGUCUUUUUCCUCUCUGAAGUUUCGCUCUCAUUAACCGGGACAGCGCCCUGCGGAGCUCAGCAUGGGCACCGUCCACGCCAGGGUAAGAGAAAGUCCACUGACCGAGCUGACUGACUGGGACUGUGACCUCCUAGAGAUAAAUAUAUGUGUGUUUGUCUGACAGAGGAGCUCUUGUGCUCUAAGAGAGAAAAGGCCCUCUGUGACCACAUGCAACAAUGUACCAGAGGGAUCAGGAAGAUAGGUUUACUAUUAAAACUCAGUUAUUGUGCUGUAAUCUCACUCUGUGUCGAUAAAACACGGAUUAGUGAGCAUUUGUAGACAGAAACAAGCUUCAUUGACUGUGUUCCUGCUGCAUUAACUACACCUCACAACCGUAAUACUCACUGAUUUUUAUUCUCGUUUAAGCUUUUAAACAAUAUUCACUGUUUGUUCUUGGAGUAAGGGAGUUCUUUCUUCAUGUGAGAGCAGAAAUAUAGACCUAUAACUGUCAUAGAACUGUUGUGAAUAGAUGUGCUUUCAAACCGGUAUAAUACAGCUUUGUAGAAGAUUAUCCAGGAACUAAACAGAGAAAAAAACAAUUAAAUCAAUCCAAACAAUGAACAAGAGAGAUCAAUUCAAACAGAUAGAUAGAUAUAUAGACACUGAUCAGAUAGAAACAUACUGCCUACUGAGGAUUUUUUGUUUUGUUUUGAACCACUAUAAAUAAUAAUGAUGUAAAUAAUAGUAGUAGUGGUAGUAGUAAUAAACUUUAUUUAUAAUGCGCUUUUACAGGUGCUCAAAGAUGCUUUACAAAAAUAAACACAAUUUAAAAUACAGAAAAUUUUGAGUAAUAAGACCAACAGUGUAGGAGGUUAAAAAAGACAAUAAGACAAGAAGAGUUUAAACUUGUGAUGAUGUUUUUCUAAUUUGUGUUUUCCUCCUAAUUUUGUGUCGCAGAGCCUGGACCCUCUGCCCAUGCGGGGGCCAGAGCUGGGAGUCCAAGCCGAUGAUAUCGAGGUUCCUGAUAUCGAGCAGGAGCCGAAGCAAGAAGUUCUUGAAAACAAGGAUGUGAGACUGGGAUCAAGUCUAAAUGACAGAAAUGUGCAGCAGCUUUAGUGAACUUCACUCUCUUUUUUUGACCCCGUCUGUCUCUGCUGCGUUUCAGGUCGUUGUCCAGAAGGUUCACAUAGACGGGCUCGGUCGAACCAAAGAGGACCUGCUGACCUACGAAAUCGCAGAAGUUUUCAGGGCGAAGAAUUUGAUCGAUGUGGGUGUCAUUAAAUCCAGCUGCACUGAUCGAUAAUACUUGGUUUAUAAAUGCUUCUAAACCAUCUAAACACACACUCACUUUGUUUUCCAGGUGAUGCGGAAAUCACACGAAGCCCGACAGAAGCUUCUGCGUCUCGGCAUCUUCAGGAAAGUUGAAGUUGUUAUUGACACGUCGAGAGGUACUGUCAUUCAUCAGUAAUGAUUACACUUUUAGAAGAAAUGUACAAAUCCUCCUUGUAUGUUUUUAACGUAGUUGCUGCGUGUGUGUGUUUGUCUCUGUAGGUGAAGAUGCUCUCCCCAACGGCCUCGACGUGACCUUUGAAGUCACUGAGCUCAGACGAAUGACGGGCAGCUACAACACCAUGGUUGGAAACAAUGAAGGAAGCAUGGUGAGCAGAGCGACGGCUCAUGUUUCAUCGGUUUGAUCUGAAACUGUUCCCACUGAUUUAAAGCUUCAUUACUAAUGCUGGUGUGCAGCUCUGGUGUGAAACACUGACCCCUAAAAUGCCCGUUUUAUCUUAACAUAUUGGACAGAGAGUCAAAAUCUUCCCUAAAUUUGAUGUUUUAUGAUCUAGAAUCUAAAUCCUGUCGUCUUCACUCUCAGGUCCUGGGCCUGAAGUUACCCAAUGUUCUUGGUCGGGCAGAGAAAAUGACCUUCCAGUUUUCUUACGGCACCAAAGAGACGUCCUACGGUCUGUCCUUCUUCAAACCACAACCAGGACACUUUGAACGCAAGUAAGAGUCAAACAGCUUCAUAAAAUCAAUUUAUAUCAGUUUUGGUCGAGUCAACUUUAUGUAUGUUUGACUUGUGUGUGAUCUGCAUCUCAAUACAAUGAUAUUUUACUUUUAUUCAUGAUUGUAAAUGCCUGUAUCAUGGUGUUGAGGUUGUUAAAUUAUUACAAAAAAAAUCCUUGAAGUUUAUUCUUCUUCUUUCUUUUUUUCACCUUCAGUGUCUCCCUCAACGUCUACAAAGUCACCGGUCAGUUUCCUUGGAGCUCACUGAGGGAGACGGAUCGAGGAGUCUCUGCAGAAAUAAGCGUAAAUCAUUAUUUCUAUUUAUGUGCCUGUUUGUUCACAUCUAAGUGCCUAAAGAUUUAGUUUUUGAAAAAAGGAUUUAACACUUAAAUUUCUACAUGUGGAUGAAGAUUGGUGAGAAAUUUAGAUUGAAUUUCAACAUGACUGACAGAAAUCCCUGUACAUCACAUCGUCAGAGCUAAAGUCCUCGUGUUAAACACAAGUUUGGUGUGUAAUUAAGUCCCUUUGAAACAAAGACUAGUUUUAAUUCAUAUUUCAACAUUUUUAUUAUUAUUCUAUUUUAAGUCUUUUACAGAAACAUUUACUCUCUAUGCAGUAUGGAGGCAGGAUGAGGAACAGUUACUGCUAAAAUCAGUGCAAACCUAAAGGAUGAAUGUGAUCUCUUACUGUUACUAAAACCUCUCACAGUUCCCGGUGUGGAAGACCAGCCAGACCCUGAAGUGGGAGGGAGUGUGGAGAGAGCUGGGCUGUCUGGCUCGCACCGCCUCCUUUGCCGUCCGGGAGGAGAGCGGCCAUUCCCUCAAGUCUUCUCUUUCGGUAUCUGUCUCUGACUUAUUGACUCUGAAAAAUGCACAAUUUCAUGAAAUCAUCUGCUGGAAGAUUCAUAAAUGUCAUUCUUGGUUUUUCCCAGCAUGCUAUGGUCAUCGACACCAGGAACUCCUCCAUCCUCCCGAGGAAAGGCGGUCUGUUGAAGAUCCAUCAGGUUUGUCUCUAAAUCCAACCAGAGCCACCUCUCUGACGCUGUUCGGAAACAAACGAUUGACGUUUGAUGUUGUGGUUGUGCAGGAACUCGCUGGUUACACUGGGGGAGACGCCAGUUUCCUGAAGGAGGACUUUGAGAUCCAGCUCAACAAAACACUCAUCUGGGACUCGGUGAGUUUAAGCCACAAACCGAAGGAUCUCAUCCAACGACGAUGAUUCAGACAAAGUUUGAAGUAAAGAUGUAGAAACAAAGAGAGAAAGGAACUGAUCAAAAAUAAACAACAAACUGUGGUUUCUCUGAAAAAUGUGGGCACAAAGGAGCGUCGCUGAGUUACCUCCACUUCUCACAGAUUACCGAUACAAAGAUUUGUGUUAUUAUCUUCUGACUCCUGUAUAUUAUUCAUUCGUAAACUUGCUCAUUUCUCCUUUAAACUCCCUCAGGUGCUUUCUGCCUCGAUGUGGGGCGGUCUUCUCCUUCCUAUCGGUGACAAGCCAACAAGCAUAGCAGACAGGUACAGUCAAACAACACACCAGCCUCUUUCUAUUGUCCACAGGAUCUGGGCACAGGUGCUCUGAAGGUUUAAUCUGGAUUAAGUCGAGUGAUCUGGAUUAAGAAAUCCCAUUUUUUCACAAUCAAGGAUCAGUGAAUCUAUCCUGUUUCCAUGCUGUGUUUCAAAGAACCGUUGGAUUGGAUCACCGUGAUCUAAACACAACGUUUUACAAGGUUACCUCAUCCAGAUUACCAGCAAUUCAUGAGACGAUAAAUUACAACGUUGGCUCCUGGUUUUACAAAGAACAGGACGGUCGGCAUGAGGUCACUGAAAAAAGACAGAAGACAGAACAGGAAACAUCUUCACUUCACUUCACUUCAAAUCGUGUUGCAAUCAGGUUGAAAAUACAUUUACAUAAAAAACAAUUCAGAAGGUAAAAAGCAUUAAAGACGAUUUAGAAAGUUAAGAAAAAGCAUAUGUCAGUCAUACCAGUGUUUUUUUUUGCAUUGGCAGAGUGUUUAAAAUGCAGAAACAAAGUGUAAUGUGCGGUUUGUGUACCAAUAAAAGACUCCUAGAUGAAGCUUGAUCCUUCUAAUAUCAGUGAGAUCAGGCCCAUCAGACCUAGAGCCGAUACCCCGACUCCGUACAGCAUGACCACAAUAAUUCAGCACGAUACAAAAUAAUAAUAUUAAUAAUAAUAAUAAUAAUAUACACCAUCUAAUAUCAGUAGCAGUUACCUCCUCCUGCAGGAAUCAUUUAGGGCCCUGAUAGAUCCUGGGAUGAUUUCUGUGUUUUGUGUGUCUCUGUCGAACCCCCCAGGUUCUAUCUCGGAGGCCCCACCAGCAUCAGGGGCUUCAGCAUGUACAGUAUGGGUCCACAGAGUGAAGGUGAGACAUUCACUUGGCUGAGCUGCUCUGUAUUCAGACUGAAGGCUGCUGGUUAAUUGAAAGGUUGUCUGCUGGUAUUACUGGUAUGGCAGGUGACUACUUGGGAGGGGAGGCCUACUGGGCUGGAGGUCUCCAUCUGUACACUCCUCUACCCUUCAGACCAGGCCGGGGGGGCUUCGGCGACCUCUUCAGGACACACUUCUUCCUCAACGCAGGAAACCUUUGUAACCUCAACUACGGUGAGGAGUGAGAAACGGACAGAGAGGCUCUGUAGAGAGACGACUUUGCAGCCAGCCUCUGAUUUCUGUUUUUUCUUUGUUUCUGCUCAGGUGAAGGGCCACAAGCUCACCUCAAGAAACUGGCUGAAUGUAUCCGCUGGUCGUACGGACUGGGCAUCGUGCUGCGUUUGGGGAACAUCGCCAGGCUGGAGCUGAAUUACUGCAUUCCCAUGGGGGUCCAGAGUGGAGACAGGUAGGGCUGGUUGGAAAAUAAAGUCUAUUUAUCCUCAGGGACGUUUUUUUUUUUUUUGUGAGUUGAUUAUGAUGAUUGUGAAAAUUUUACAUUCGAGACACAAACAGUUAUGAGCUGAUGGGCUAUUUGUUAAUCACUACACCUUGUGUGAAUAACUAAGUAAGUAAAGAGGAUUAGGGCCAAAAGUAUUGAAAAAAAAUUAUUAAAGGAGUUAGAUAUUUUUGUUUCGGAAAAAAAGGUGGAAAUUUCAGCUUUAUUUAUGUUGACUUUAAUCUCAAAAUUUUGACUUUCAUCUCAAAUUUGUAAUUUUUUUAAUCUUGAAAUUUCUACAUUAUUCACGACAUUUUGUAAUCUCAAAAAUUUGACUUUGAUCUCUCUCUGUAAUUAUUAUUUUUUUCUUCAUGUGACCCUAAUACUCUUAUAAAUCCCCUGAUAUAUCUGUUAAUUCCAACAUUGAUUAACUGUAACUACAACCUCCAUCUCAUAAAAUUAAAACUGUGUGUGUAAAUCUGACUUUAUUUCUAACUUUAUUCUUUUAAAUUUAUGAGUUUAUUUUCAUGAAUUUAUAACUUUUUUCCCCUAAAGACUUUAUUCUUUCAAUAUUGUUUAUUCUCAAAAUCUCAAUAAUUUCCAAAAUCUUAAUUGGAGUCCUAAUCCUCUGUUAAGUCGUGAUUUUUGCUCAUAGAAGAUCAUCAUAAAGCAAACUGUGAAGUGAAACUGAAUAUGAGUCUCUUUAAUUCAGUGUCGCUCAAACACGAGUUUACAUGUGUAAAGUAUGUUAAAGUUUUAUACAUAUAAAGUAAAGUAAGAUCUUUUCAUGUAUAAUCUUGUGAUAAAAGUUCACACACAUUCUGAGUUUGCUUUUUGAGGAGACCUAGAGAUAACUCAUUUUUAAUUUUCACUGUUUCUUUACCACUGUUUCCUCUCGUUUUUUUUAACAGGAUAUGUGACGGGGUCCAGUUUGGAGCAGGAAUCAGAUUUCUGUGAUGCUGCCUGUCUUGGUUUAAGAGCUUCCUUGUGUUUAAAACUUUCAUUUUAUGCAAAAAAUAAUUUUAUUUGAAGGGAAAACUGCCUGUACAGAAUCGUUGUUACAAUAAACUAGUUCAAUAAAAGUGUUUGCACUGAUAUCGAA